AUGUCCUGCUCUAAUCCCUGCUCCCCCCACGCUGUCCUGCAGGUCGCGGCGCUGGAGAGGCAGAUCUUUGAUUUCCUGGGAUACCAGUGGGCCCCCAUCCUGGCGAAUUUUUUACACAUCAUGGCCGUUAUUUUGGGCAUUUUUGGGACCAUCCAGUACAGAUCCAGAUACCUCAUGAUGUAUGCAGUGUGGCUGGUGCUGUGGGUCGGCUGGAACGCCUUCAUCAUCUGCUUCUACCUGGAGGUCGGGCGCUUGUCACAGGACCGAGACUUCAUCAUGACCUUCAACACGUCCCUGCACCGCUCGUGGUGGAUGGAGAACGGCCCGGGCUGCCUCGUCACUCCCGUGCUCAACUCCAACCUGGCGCCCGAGGACCACCACGUCAUCACGGUCAGCGGCUGCCUGCUGGACUACCAGUACAUCGAGGUGGUGAGCAGUGCCACGCAGAUAUUCCUGGCGCUCUUCGGGUUUGUCUACGCCUGCUACGUCAGCAAAGUGUUCCUGGAGGAGGAAGACAGCUUCGACUUCAUCGGUGGGUUUGACUCCUACGGGUACCAGGCACCACAGAAGACGUCACACCUACAGCUACAGCCGCUCUACACGUCCGGGUAAACUCCUUCUGCCCUGGAUCCAGCCCCGGAGCCAGCGGUGACAGGACCCCCCCGGAGCCACCACCCCCCCGAUGACACAACCCCUGGAGAGGGGGAGACCCCACAAGGAGCACCCCACGACGCCCCAGAACGGAGCCAGGAGCUGCUCAGCCAUCCCGCCCUGGAGGCCUCCGAUCCCGAACCGCUCCCAGCGGGAUUUGGGGCAUGGACACAGAGGGAUCCCUCCCCAAGCUGUGC